UGUUUAGCCGGAAAGGCUUACGUGGGGUUUCAUUUGGUCAGAGAAAUAAAGAACGAUUCGCGGGGGUGACUAAGACAAAUUCCUCAUUUUCAUUAUAGACUUGGAGGUGGAGGAUCUUCUCAGCGUUAGGGACCCCGAGGUUGGGUGGUAAGAGGUUCGGAGUCAGUCCUGCCCCACUUUGCGCCCACUGGUAUUAGGGACGGUAGGGCUGCAAAGGUGAGCACCUCACUCGUCUAAGAGGUUCCUCCUUUCUUCUCUUUUCCCCCUCUUCCUCUCUGCCUACAUCCCUCACCCAGUUGACUUGUCCUUAUGUGAAUGGGAGCCAGAAAACCUUGAGAACUUCGAACCAAGCAGUGGUUUCUUCCUCGACGUGGACAUGGCACAAGAGAAAAUGGAACUAGACUUGAAGCUGCUGCCGAGUUCAACCACCACAGAGGACACGCUGAAAAGAUCCAACAGCGCCCCUUUGAUCACUGGGCUUGGUGAUAACUCACAGGUGUUGCAAGCUGACACGUUAACAACUCCAAGAAAUAACACAACGCAUAUGGCACAACAUUGUCUGGUCAGUGUGAAGCCACUGAAGAAUUCUAAGUCUGUGACUGACAUGACCAGAUUUGCAUCUUUAAAAGAUUACCCUGGCUGCAGAGUGUUUUUGCCACCUUCUCCCAUCCCCAACCGUGCUUCCUUUGGUCGCCUUCAUCAAAUCAAACAGGAAGAAGGCAUGAAUUUAGUAACUAGAGAAGCAAUGCGUGAAUGGGAAGUACAAACUGCAAUACGGAUAAGUCGGUCUUGGGAAGAAAGUUUGAACCUGAAUGACAAUGAUUUAGAGAAACCAUCUUCAAAGCACAUCGAUUUAAAUCCAGUAUCCCCAGCAGCUCCUCCCACCAGGGGGAUUGGGAAGCAAUGUUUUCCUCCAUCGUUGCAAACUUGUGUGAGUUGCACCACUUUGCCUCCAAGUCCUAUUCCCAGUCCUACGCGACAAUUUACAAUAAGUCAAAACCCCACCAACAUUAUUAGACCAAGUAUCUGUGGACCAUUAAAAAGAAAAGGUGAAAUGACAGUUGAAGAUCAGCCAAAGAAAAUUUUCCAAGGCACAACCAACAAGCUUUCUUCUGAUACUACUCAACAGUCUGAUACGGUGGUGCUGGAGCAACUGAAUAUCCACAUGCCAGAAAAUGAAGUUGGACUCCUACCUCACACCGUACACAAAAAUUAAUUCAAAAUAGAUCAACGACCUAAAUAUUAAGAGCUAAAACCAUUAAAUUCUUAGGGAAAAAACAGGGGUAAAUCUUUAUGACCUUGGAUUUGGCAAUGGAUUCUUAGAUAUAUCAUUAAAAACAUGAGCAACAAAAGAAGAAAAUAGAUAAGUGGAACUUUAUCAAAAUUAAGAACUUUUGUGCAUGAAAGGACAUUAACAAGACAGUGAAAAAGAUAGCCUAUAGAGUGACAAAAAAUAUUUGUAAAUCAUAUCUGAUGAGUUUAAUCUAGACUAUGUAAAGAAGUCUUAUAACUCAGCCAUAAAAAGACAAACAACCCAACUAAAAUAUGGGCAAACUACUUUAUGAUUAGACAUGUCUCCAAAGAAGAUAUACAAAUGGCCAAUAAGCACAUGAAAAGAUGUUCCACAUCUUUAGUCAUUAGGGAAAUGCAAAUCAACACCACAGAGAGAGAUCACUUCAUACCCACUAGGUUGGCUAGAAUCAAAAAGAUAGUAACAAGUGUUGGUGAAGAUGUGGAGAAGCAGAGGACCCUUGUACAUUGCUGUUUGGAGUGUAAAAUAAUGCAGUGACUGUGGAAAACAUUGUGGCAGUUCCUCAAAAUAUUAAGCAUUAAACAUAUAAAACAUAUUAAACAUCCACAAAAUAUUAAACUCUAUGAUAACAUAGAGUCAUCAUAAGAUCCAGCAAUUCCACGCCUUGAAAACCAGGACUCAAAUAAAUACUUGUAUGCUAGUGUUCCUUGUGGCAUUGUUCAAAAUAGCCAAAAGGUGGCAACAACCCAAGUGUCCGUCACCAGAUGAAUGGAUGAAAAUGUGUUCUAUACAUACAAUGGGAUAUUGUUUAGCUAUAAAAAGGAAUGACGUUCUGGUACGUACUACCACAUGGAUGAAACUUGAAAACAUUGUGCUAAGUGAAAUAAGCCAGACACAAAAGGACAGAUAUAUUGCAUGACUCCACUUACAUGAGAUAUUUAAAAAUAGACAAAUUCAUAGAGAUAGAAAGUAGAUUAUAGGUUACCAGAGACUGGUGGGAGGGGGAAUGGAGAGUUAUUCUUAAUGUGUAUAAAGUUUCUGCUUGGGAUGAUGAAAAAGUUUUGGAACUAGAUAGUGGGAAUGGUUGCACAUUGUUAAUGUAAUCAAUGCCACAGAAUCGCAUACUUAAAAGUGGUUAAAAUAGCAUGUUCUAUGUAAAAAACAAAAAAACCUAGUAUUUAACACUAACGGAUCAGUUAAGCCCUCAUUUCUCAGGGUGUUUUAUAAAAUGUGAAUAAGUAAGUGUCCUGAAGAAUGAAAGAAGUGGAAGGCCAUGGGGAGUCUAUGGUCAAAUAAGUUUAGGAAAAUUGGUUAAAAUCAUUUCUUUAACAUUGUGAAAGCCCAACAAAAGAGAUAUGGUAUAAAGCAUUUUUUAAACUGUUUAACUUAAGUUCUUGGUUUGGAGGGUCAUCUUGUGAGAUUUAUGUUAUGUAGACCCUUUGGAAAACAUUGGGUUAAACAAAUUACAGUACACUCAUUCCAUGGAAAUCUGUGCACCCAUUAAGAAUGAUGACAUGGUCAUAUAUCACUUGACGUGGAAGGAUGUUUAUACUUUAUUGUAAAGUAAAAAAGCAGUGUGAUUAAUGGGAUUUCAUUUUUGUUUUAAAAAAGUAUAUGUAUAUAUUUUAUAUGGAUAUAUAACAGAAAAAAGUUUGUAAGGCUGUAUGCCAAAAUGCUUAAGUCUCUGGGUGGUGGGAAGAUGGAUGAUUUUGUUUUCAUUUGUUUUUCUCUUUGCUUGUCUGUAUUUUCAUAUUUUUCCACGUGGAAUAUUGGUUACUUGUAUAAUCAAAAAAUAAUAGAAGUUAAAAAUAUUUUAGAAACCUAUCUGCAGUUAUUAAUUAUACAAGGGAGGGGAUGAAGGGGUCAGGACUCCCUUACCGCUUGUUGGACUCUUCACUUCUAUUAACUUUCACUGAAGGAGAGUCAAAGAGCCUUUCAACUAUUAGAAAGUUCUACUCAUGGGGUGCCUGGGUGGCUCAGUUGGUUAAGCAACUGCCUUUGGCUCAGGUCAUGAUCCCAGGGUCCUGGGAUCAAGCCUUGUAUUGGGCGCCCUGCUCCGCGGGGAACCUGCUUCUC